AUGAGGGACGAGUACAGUGGCCCCAGAGUACAAGUGGUCCCAGAGUACAGUGGUCCCAGAGUACAGUGGUCCCAGGAGUACAGUGGUCCCAGGAGUACAGUGGCCCCAGAGUACAGUGGUCCCAGAGUACAGUGGUCCCAGAGUACAGUGGUCCCAGAGUACAGUGGCCCCAGAAUAGUGGCCCCAGAGUACAGUGGUCCCAGAGUACAGUGGCCCCAGAGUACAGUGGCCCCAGAGUACAGUGGCCCCAGAGUACAGUGCCCCGAGUACAGUGGUCCCAGAGUACAGUGGUCCCAGAGUACAGUGGUCCCAGAGUACAGUGGUCCCAGAGUACAGUGGCCCCAGAGUACAGUGGUCCCAGAGUACAGUGGUCCCAGAGUACAGUGGUCCCAGAGUACAGUGGCCCCAGAGUACAGUGGCCCCAGAGUACAGUGGUCCAAGAGUACAGUGGCCCCAGAGUACAGUGGUCCCAGAGUACAGUGGCCCCAGAGUACAGUGAUCCCAGAGUACAGUGGUCCCAGAGCAGUGGUCCCAGAGUACAGUGGUCCCAGAGUACAGUGGCCCCAGGGUACAGUGGCCCCAGAGUACAGUGGCCCCAGAGUACAGUGGUCCCAGAGUACAGUGGCCCCAGAGUACAGUGGUCCCAGAGUACAGUGGUCCCAGAGUACAGUGGUCCCAGAGUACAGUGAUCCCAGAGUACAGUGGUCCCAGAGUACAGUGGCCCCAGAAGUACAGUGGUCCCAGAGUACAGUGGUCCCAGAGUACAGUGAUCCCAGAGUACAGUGGUUCUAG